AUGUGUGUGUACAAGUCGAACUCGAACAAGAGUAACCCUUCCUUCAUUUUUGAAAGAACCGUGCAAGACGUAAACUCUAACGAUUUGUUCUUUGCACCCCCGGUUUCCGCUUCGAAUACAGCUCGUAGUUCGAGGUCCAACACAGCUCGUAGUUCAAGAUCCAACAGCUUUUACAACCUACAGACUGUUUCUCCUAUACCCAUCUCAGGCGGCAGGACGAAGAGCUCGUCAUCGAGGAAGAACUCCAACAAUGUUUUGUCUCCCCUAGAUAACGUGAUGCCCAACUCCAGGUCGGCGUCGAACUCCACCACCAGCUCGCUGGCACAUCAAGAGUACGUCUUGAACCCGAUCUCUGAUAUGCAUCACCAUCACAGUCGUCGUCGUACUUUGGAGAACUCGGUGGCCCCAGCUUUGGACGCAAGUUGCUCGAUAGUGAACGAUGAAAAUACCGACCUGACCGAUGUCGACAUGGUAUAUUCGAGAAGACCUUCUUCCACCAUCGGCUUAAAUCUGGCUUUAUUGGCUAGAACAAAUAGCGCCACCCUCCCAUCGGUCUCUUCGCCCGUUUCUCCAGAUCUCAAGCUUUCAAGAUCUUAUUCUCAUUCAGCAGGUGCUCGCCCAGCUCUAAAUAAUGUUAACAACACUGGAAUGACAACAGCAAGCGGCGAACCGAAAUCCAGAAUCCUGAGGUUUUACUCUUAUGUCGAUAUGUUAAGCGAUGAAAAACUCACACAAACAAAUAAUGCCCCCUCAAAUAGACCAUCUUUAAAAUGUCAGCCAAAUUCAUGCCCUUUUAUUCUCAAACAGCCUCAACCUCAACCUUCUUUUUCAUCAUCAGCAACAACAACAUUUUCYAAUCCUUUUACCAAAAGUACUGAAUUUCCAUCCGGUUCUCCUUACGUGUCUCCACAGCAGAAUGCAAGACGUUACUCUACCAAUGCCUCCAAAUCACCUCCGAAUCAGUCGUCGUCAAUACUGCUACAAAGAAAACCCGCUUUAUCAAACACAGAACCUACUACAAAUAUCGGGAGAAACCCUAGAUUUGAAAUAGAGUCAAGUGACAGCGAAGAGGAGGAAGAUUUAGCAAUGGACAUGUUAGAACCCUCAUUUCGCCCAGCUUCAUCCUUACGUUCAAGUGCAACUUGUUUAGCGAGUAAUCCAGAAAUAGCAAAUCAGGUGUCUUUGUCGUCAUCGUCGUCAUUUGCAACAAUGCCUAAAUCUACGUCCUUAUCGAACGAUCCUUCAUUCGUAUCGUCAUCUAAUACUUUAGCCUCAGAUAACGAAUUAAGAACUGAAAAAGUUAGCGAGGUGCUAAAGAAAAAAGUCUCAAACAGUGGAUUUUCAUCCGAUAUAAACAAUUAA